AUGUAUGCAGCACCGCCAAUGCCCAUGAAGGACGAGGCGUACUUGAACCCGAUGCUCCUGCACCGACGACCGCACCACCCGCCAGCGUACGUGGAGCCGCGCUACAUGCCCGAGUCGUGGAAGCCCGCACUGGAGCUUCCACCCUCGUAUGGCUUCCGGCCCGCACCGUUCCAGAUGCUUGCAACCGACAGCCUCUUUAGCGACCGGGAUUUCCUGGAUACAAUCAUUAGCGACAUGCAACAAGACGACAUGACACCUCGCGGCUCGUCCACCGCCGUUCCCCUUGCACGACGGUACUAG